AUGAAAGACAUCGUUCAAAAAUUGCCUCCAGAACAAAUCGUUGAUUGCAUCAACAGCACAAUCAACGUUUCUGACGUAUGUGCAGAAAAGUUCGACGUCUACAAGGUUGAAACUAAGGCCGACUCGAGUUAUUUGGUUGUGGCUGGUAUUCAAGAUCGAACUGCGUACAACGAUCGACGCGAUUCAACUGCGGUGAGUCAAAGUGAUUGGCUUUAG